AAGCUGCGGACCUGUCGAAGACCGGGCUCGCUGCUGAUGUGAAUGUUUACGUGUUGGUUUGGAGGAACUUGAUAACGAAGAACUAGCUUCCUCUAAGUUUGAUUGAUCAUGAUUGAAAUACCGUUCCUAAAAUCUCUUCCUAGUCAUAUGGACUUUGAAGGCCAGAGGAGAGCAGAGAAAAUUUUUCAGAUAGUCACAAUCACAUUUGCUGUCAUUGGUCUGAUCUGGGGUUAUGCAGUACAGCAAUUCUCCUACACAGUGAUCACGCUUGGAGCUGGCUUCGUGUUGUCGUGCUUGCUUACACUUCCGCCAUGGCCAUUCUACCGACGGAAGCCUCUGGCAUGGCAGAAAGUGCGGGAAGAAAGCGCCUCCUCUUCAAAGCCAUCCUCGACGAAGAAAAAGACCAAGUGAUGGAACACAUGUAUGCGCGCAGAGCCUAAUAUUUAAACAGCUCAGUCGUUGGCUGCUUGCUGACUGAGCAAACAUUUCAUUUUUCACGCCUUGUUAUUAAAGUGGUGGGUUAUUUGCAAACGAAA